GCCACGCCAGCGAAAGUCAGAAGCAUCCAAGAGCCUGCCCUGCUGCCAUUGGGUCGAUCCGGCAUGCACGAUGGAGCGCACUCGUUCGCGUUGGCGGAUCUCACAUCAGAACAGUCAGACGAGAGUCAGACGAUAGUCAGCAUCCUCCUCCAUCCCUCCAGUAACACCAGGAACCCACAACGGAUUCCACCUCUUGGGGGGCGGAGGGGUGCCAAGCUGAACUUUUCCAGGUCAACAUGUCAGCGGAUGAGAGGGAUUUUGGACGCGAGCUAGACGCGAUGCGACUCUGGCCGUUUUCUGAAUGGCUAUAUAAGCCCCGGCCCGGGAAGCUCGGCCUGUUUCUAUGUCUGCCAACCUAUAAGUGAGAGAACAGACAUCCAAGACGGCCUGAUUCAACCUUUGUCUACAUCCGCCAUGCAUUCCUUCACGUUGGCAGCGGCCCUCACGGCCACGGCCAGCCUGGCAAGCGCAUCCUCGGUCCUCCUCCGCGGCGGCACCAUCGUCGCCUUCGACGCGGACACCAACGCCCUCAACGUCGUCCGCAACGGCUCGCUCCUCAUCACGGACGACCGCAUCACGUCCAUCUUCACGGCAGACCAGCCCUUACCCCGGACGUCCAACGACACCGAGGUCGUCGACGCGACGGACAAGAUCAUCACGCCCGGCUUCGUCGACACCCACCGCCACGGCUGGCAGACGGCCUUCAAGACCAUCGCCUCCAACACGUCGCUGGCCGAGUACUUCACCCGCUACGGCGAGUUCGCCGCCGCGGGGCUGCUGAGCGCCGACGACGUCUACAUCGGUCAGCUCGCCGGCCUGUACGAGGCGCUCAACGCCGGCGUCACCACGACGCUGGACCACGCCCACCACACCUGGUCCGACGAGACCUCCGAGGCCGGGCUGAGGGGGAGCAUCGACAGCGGCGCGCGCGUGUUCUGGUCGUACGCGUUCCACAACGUCACCAACUACACCGUGUCGGAGCAGCUCGACAACUUUAGGGACAUCGCCACCAGGGCCGAGUUCGACGGCACCGCGACCAGCCUGGGCAUCGCCUGCGACUUCUUCGGCCCGGACCCCGUUCUCGCCGAUGUCAACGCCGUCGUCGACCUCGCCAAGGAGUUCAACGUCUCCGUGAUCACGACUCACAGCCUGCAGGGGCAGUGGGGAUACACCAACAGCCCCGAGGACCUCCACGCCAUCGGCGCCCUUAACAUCAGCAUCCCCAUCGUCUUCUCCCACGCCUCGUUCCUGACCUACCGAGGCGCCUCCCUCCUCCGCUCCACGAACCAGUACAUCUCCAUCACGCCCGAAUCGGAGAUGCAUUACGGCCACACGCACCCGCACAGCCACCUCAUCCAGGACCAGGGCUCCCUGGGCGUCGACACCCACUUCACCUUCUCCACCGACAUCCUCACACAGGCCCGUCUCUGGCUGCAGAGCACCCGCCGCCUGCUCUACCAACAGGUGCUCCAGCACUGGCGCGUGCCCACCAGCACGCCCAUGACCGCCGACCAGGCCUUCCUCCUCGCCACGCGCAACGGCGGCCUCGCCCUGCGCCGCCCGGAUCUGGGCGUCAUCGCCGAGGGCGCCAAGGCUGACGUCAUCGUCUGGGACGGCGGCAGCCCCGCGCUGCUUGGCUGGGUCGACCCCGUGGCCGCCGUGAUCCUGCACGCCAGCGUCGGCGACGUCGAGCACGUGCUCGUCGACGGCAAGUUCGUCAAGAGAGACCGCGCGCUCGUGGCGCCCGGCUACGCGGGCGUCAGGACGCGGUUCCUGGAGAGCGCGCGCAAGAUCCAGCAGACGUGGAGGGACAUCCCGUUCCCUGUUCUCGAGGGGGUGUUCAGCGGGUCUGGCGCGCCGUACGAGGCGCCGUUGUCGGUCGACGUCGUGACUGGUGACGAGACUGGAUAUGGCGACAUUCAUGUGUAGAUGAUGGUUGGGGGAGGGGAUUCCAUUGCUUUAGACAUGACGAAGAUCAACUGCCAUCAGUUGAGGCAAGGCCGGCCGUUUGUGGCUCGAAGUCUUUUUCUUUCUCUCCAAUUUCUCUUUCGGCGUAAGCCGCAUCGAUAUUCCUCCUGACAGGAUAUGACAGCGUAGCACUUUAGAAAGACGGGCGUCACUUUAACUUUAAUAACUAUUGGGAGUAAAAGGAUAAUUACAGGCAAUAGUAGAAUUAAUUCGUUCGAGACAAAAACAGCGCCAGCGUUGCAUGGAUCU